AUGCGUUUCAAAGAAGAUGACAAAUUAUCUGAAGAUGAAUUCUGGAAGAAUGUUGAAACUCGUUGGAAAGAACAAUCAACCAAAUUCAAAUUCUUUAAUAUCACUUGUUUUUCUGGUGUUGAUGCACAUACAGUUCCAUUAUUAAAAAUUAUUGCUCCAAAGAUUAUUUCAUUAUCAAUUCAUACAGAAAUUCUUCCUUGUGGUUUAUGUAUUGAAUUACUUGGAGCUCUUCAUGAAAUGAAACAUUUAAACCAAAUUAGAAUUGAUGGUGUUACAUUAACAGCACUGUAUAAUUCAACUACAAUCAUUGAUUUAUCUUUCAACUCUAUUAUUCUUGACUCAAUUAAUAUGAAAAGAGAUAGUGCUGCUUUAAUGUCAUUAUCAAAACAAUUCUUAAAGUCACAUGGAAUUAUUCAUAUAGAUAAUUGUAGAGACAAUAACGAUGUAGAAAUUAUCAAGAAAAUUCUUCCUAAUUUCAAAAUUGGUGUUGAUUAUACAGCAGAUAAAUCUGUCUUUAAAUUGAUAGCAUCAAAAAAACUUAUUACUAUCCCUUGUUAUCAUUCUCCAUUUGCUUUUCCAGUACCUGAAGAACUAUCAAGUGAAGUUAUAGAUCAAGUUAAUAAAAUUAAUGAUUUGUAUCUUCCUACCAUACAACAAUCAUUACCUGAGAAAUUGUUUGAUGCUUAUGGAUUAAUUGUAAUCGGAAGAUUACCUGCUCCAAUAGUUUCAGAUCAUUUAGCAUUUUUAAGAUAUAAUAAUAUUCAACCUGAGAUAGUUCCACUUGAUUUAAGUUUAAUUACUACAUUAACUCGACUUGAAUUAAGAAUGAAUAAACCUAGAACUGAAAUUAUUAAACUCCCUCAUUCAUUAAGAAUUUUAGACUUAGAAAUACAAGAUAACCUUGAUGGAUUUUGUACUGUAGAUGGUAAAAAAGGUAUUAAAGAAUUAACUCAAUUAACUCAUUUAGAAGCAAAAUUCUCUGAUACCCAAUCUUUAACACUCCCUACAUCACUUGUUUCAUGUUCAUUGUCAAUGUGUCCUUGCUUAAAGACUAUUGGAUUAGAAGGAGUUAAUUCACUUACUAGACUUGAAGUUCAGGCAUGUGAAUCUUUAGGAGAUAUGAAACUUCCAAGUUCUAUAAAACUUGCAUUAUUCCAAAUGUGCCCAAAAAUUCAUUCAUUAGAAGUACCAUCUUGUUUAAAGAGUUUACAACAUGUCUUUGACCCAACAAUAAAAUUAAGUUACUUUUAA